AUGAAAAUAAGUGGUGGAACUCUUAAAAAUUAUUCUAAAACUAGAUGGACAACUGCAAGUGAAACAAUUGAAAGUGUUUUAAAUUUAGAAAAAGUUUUAAAAAAGAUUGUUGAAGAUAAUAUUUUAACAAAUGAUCAAAUUAAUAAAAGUAAUAAUACAACUCUUGGUGAUUGUUUUUUAAGUUUAGCAAAAACAAGUGCAACAAUUAAAAAAUUACUGAUACAACAAUAUGCAAAGUUUCGACAAUAUUGUAUUAAUAUUUUAAAUAAGAGAUUUGAAGAAUUUGAUAAUGAUUUAUAUCUUUUAGGAUACUUUUUAAUGCCAAAUUUUCGUAGUAACUCUAUUUGGUUAAAAUUUGGAAAUACUUGUGAAAGUGGUAAUAUUUUAAUUGCUCAUCUUCAACUUUAUAAAGAAAAAAAAUAUCUAUAUGAUAAAGUAUAUAUUCAAGGUCAUGAUAUUCCUAUAAUUUGGUGGAAUUCAAUUGAACCAGAACCCGAAUAUCUUCAGGAAUUAGCACUAAAAAUUUUAGCAAUUGUCCCAAAUAGUGUUUCUUGUGAACGAAAUUUUUCUUUACUUACCUGGUUAACUGGAAACAAACGAACACAAAUAGAUAUUCAAAAUUUAGAAUCAAUUGCAAAACUAUGUACAUAUUAUAAUUCUAAUGCUAAAAAAGAACUUUCUUAUUUUGCAAAUGAGAUAACAGAAGAUGAAGUUUUAAAAAUAUUAAAUCAAACAAAUAUUAAUACUUUUGAAGAAAGAUUAGAAAAAGAAGGAUUUGAUAAAGAUCAAUUAUUAUUAAUUAAUAAUAUAGAUGUUAAUGAAACACAUACAACAACUAAAGAAAAUUUAAAUUUAUUAUUAGAAACUAAUGAAAUCUUAGAAAAUAUUAAUGAAGAAACUAAUCAAAUUUUAGAACAAGAUAAUUAUGAUGAUUAUGAUUGGGAUCCUAAAGAUUUUAUAAACUCAGAUGAUGAUUAA